AUCCCCCCAACAGCGUUCUGAUUGGCCAGAGGUCUAAUGGCGGGAAAAGUUCUUUCCUUAAAUAGAUGAGGUGAUUGAUGGAUCAUUCCAGUCUCCCUUAUAAUAAUGGGGCUCACUAUGGGGCUACACAGGACUUUCCCCUCCAGCUGAUCCAGUUGUCUCCUCUUCUCCUGAAUGACCCCCAAGGAUGGACAAGGACAGGAAUGAGACGACUAAGAGAAUAUUACACUUCACCUUGGAGAUCCUCCACCUGCUGACCGGAGAGGAUUACACCAUAGUGAAGAAGACAUGGGGGGAGUGUGUGGCCCCCAGAAGCCAUCUCCAGGAGUCAGGAGGACAGAGCAGGGCCCGGGGCCCCAUCAUGGAGCCUCCACCUCACUCACUGAUACAUGAGGAGAAGAUCCUAGAACUCAUCCACAGGAUCACUGAGCUGCUGACUGGAGAGGUUCUUAUAAGGUGUCAGGAUGUGGCGGUCUAUUUCUCCAUGGAGGAAUGGGAGUAUGUAGAAGGACACAAGGAUCUGUACCAGGACAUAGUCAUGAUGGAGGAUCACCGACCCCUCACAUCACACGAUGGAGUCAUUGAUAGAAAUCCACCCGAGAGGUGUCCCUGCCCUCUGUAUUCCCAGGACUGUCCAGAGGGAAAUGUCCCAGAGAAGCAUCAGGGGGGAGAUCUGACUAAUAAUAAAGUGGAGGAUGAAGAAGAGAGGAUGAGCGGCCAUCACCCGUGUAUGAGGGAAGUGAAGGAGGAAAUUCCAGGAGGUGUUACCCCAGGAAAUUUCAAUAACAUUAAGGAAAAUGUCAUAUCUGUGAGUGAUAAAGGAGAAGAUGGAGAGAUCAUGGACCGCUCCUCAGGAGAAGAUGGAGAGAUCAUGGAGCGCUCCUCAGGAGAAGAUGGAGAGAUCAUGGAGCGCUUCUCAGGAGAAGAUGGAGAGAUCAUGGAGCGCUUCUCAGGAGAAGAUGGAGAGAUCAUGGAGCGCUCCUCAGGAGAAGAUGGAGAGAUCAUGGAGCGCUCCUCAGGAGAAGACCUCCUUACCCCUAAUGUCCAUCCAGAUCUAUCAUAUAAUAAUCCCCCUGAUCAUGGGGAACUUUCUCCUGACCAACCACACAUUGUUAUCAUAGAAACAGAUCAGAAUGGCGGGACAGGUUUUCACUGUGAUGAAUGUGGGAAAUAUUUCAGAAAUAUUUUAGGUCUCUUUAAACACAAAAAAAGUCAUGAAAGAAUAAAGCCAUAUCCGUGUUUAGAAUGUGGGAAAUGUUUUACAGAUAAAUCAACUCUUGUUAGACAUGCGAGAAUUCACACAGGAGAGAAGCCGUAUUCAUGUUCAGAAUGUGGGAAACGUUUUACAGAUAAAUCGGCACUCAUUACACACAGGAGAAUUCACACAGGAGAAAAUCCAUAUUCAUGUUUAGAAUGUGGGAAAUGCUGUUUAACGCAAUCACAUCUUGUUAUACACGAGAGAAGUCACACAGGAGAGAGGCCAUAUUCAUGCUCCACUUGUGGGAAAAGUUAUACACAGAAAUCACAUCUUGUUACUCAUGAGAAAAGUCACACAGGAGAGAAGCCGUAUCCAUGCUCAGAAUGUGGGAAAUGCUUUUCAUAUAAAUCGCACCUUGUUACACACGUGAGGCUUCAUACAGGAGAGAUGCCAUUUUCAUGUUCGGAAUGUGGGAAAUGUUUUUCUGAUAAAGCAAAUUAUGGUAAGCAUAUGAGAAGCCACACAGGUGUGAAACCGUAUUCAUGUUCAGAAUGUGGGAAAUGCUUUAUGAAAAAAACUAAUCUUGUUAAACAUGAGAGAAGUCAUACAGGGGAUUAGCUGUAUUUGUGUUCAGGAUGUGGGAAAUGUUUUGCAGGAAAAAAAAUCUGAUCUUGUUAGACAUGAGAAGUCAUACAGGAGAGAAGCCAAAUUGUAAAAUAAACGGGAAGGUCCUGCUCCAAGCCCUUGUCUCGGAAGAAGAGAAAAGUUUGCGGGACUAUUCUAAGCCGAAUUGGAGCUCCAGUACUCACAAUCUAUACUUAGCACAUUUAUACAGUGAGGAUGGAAACUGGAGGAAACCCACACACAAGCUCCAUAUAGAUGUUACCCCGCUUGGAUGUGAGUCCAGGGCCCCAGCGCUACAACAUUCUUUUUCCAUGUUGAGCUCUCAAUGUUUAUUCUUCAGUCAUUCAAUAUAUAAAGAUAAAGGUUGAUGGAAUCAAUAAGCAUUAACACAUUAAUAAAAAGGGAUUAAAUUCCCAGAGGCUCCUUGAUAUAACGUUGUAAAAAAAAAUAAAACAAAAAAAGGUAAAUUUUAUGGAAUUCAGUUAAUUUCUGCAUUGAUUAUUAGAAAAGAAACAGAAAGUUCUAUCUGCAGCCAAUGGACUCUCAACCUUCAAAAAAACAAAAAAUACAAAGUGCCAUGAAAAUGUAGCUCCCAACGUGUUUCUGUUGUUUGUAAAUACAGCAUCUUCAGGGGGAAAACUGGUUUGUUAUAGUGAAUACAGAUUUUCAAUAUAGUUGCUAGAUAGGUACCGGGAAAGAAGUAAUAUACUGCACAAAUAAAUGCACCAAUGUGCCGCAUAUGACAAGUUUCUGUUUAGCACCAGCACAUAAUAACCAUGCAGAAUCUAAGAAUGAGCAACCAGUUUCUCCCCUGAAGACGUAUUUACUAACAGAAACACGUUGGAAUCUACAGUGAAUUGAUUUAAGGUCGUCUGGUGGUGCGUCACACGGACACCCAAAUCAGCGUAAGAAUUUUGACAACUGUUGUGUAUGACCGCAGGUUGUGUGCCAGCGUCAGAUUUUCACGUUCUUUGAGUUUUAUUCUUUAAGUGUUAUUCUUUUUAUAUGUAAACCAAUUAAGUUACGUUUUAUACUUCUAUUUGAUAUUUUUGGAUUUUGCAUUGACCACUAAUAAAAUGUGGA